UUCUAUUUUCCGGGAACAACAACAAGCACGUUGUUCGUUGUUCACAACAGAGUGGCGAAGUGUAGACACGGCCUUGCAGAAUAUCUAAGUAUAUGUCUAAGUCCGUGGUGAGGGUAACUGAUCUAUCAGAAUAUAUUAUUAUAUAUCAACACCUCAUCUAAAAUGGCUGAAGCAAAGAAAGCCGCAGCAAAGAAAGCUGAAGCAGAAAAAAAAAUGGAGGAACUGAAGAAAAAAAUUGAUGAGGAUCUUGAGAAAUACAUUGCAGAUGUGAUCGCAAAAAAUAAAGAAAACCCUGCUGAUGAAGAAGUAGAGGAGACCGAUGAAGAAUGGGAGGAAAGAAUAAAUAAAUUGAUGAAGCAUCCAGCUUUUGCCAAGGAAGUUGACUUCAGUCAACCACUCCAUCCUGCUAUGGAAGGUCUGAUGAGGCUAAAAUAUGAAGAUGAAGACCCAACAGCUAGAGCCGAGUCAUUCAAGGAAGAUGGUAAUGAAGAAUUUAAAAAGAAAAGAUAUGAUAUCGCCACUGACAACUAUACUGAAGGUAUAAAAUGCGAAUGUCCUGACAGACAGCUUAAUGCAGUUCUUUACAGUAACAGAGCGGCCGCUCAGUUCUUUCGAGGUAACUACAAAUCAGCAUUACUUGACUGUAUAUUUGCCAGAAAGUUUAAUUCAACUCAUAUGAAAGCUAUUGUAAAAGGUGCCCAGUGUUGUAUGGAAAUGAAGAAGUACAAAGAGGUUGACAGAUGGUGUUCGGCUGGAUUGAUGGUGGAACCGAAAAAUGAAAAACUUCUGGAAAUGAAACUAAAAGCAGAUAAAUUGCUGAAAAAACAAGAAAGAGACAAACGGAAAGAAGAUACAAAGGAAAGAAAAGAACAAGCAGAAGAUAUGAAACUAAUCGAAGAAAUUCAGAGUCGAGGAAUACAGUUAGCAGGUUUGAAGUUAACAAACAGUAAAAUACACCCCAGUCUCCUGACCAAUCUGGAGCUACCUAACUCUGGGAAUGCCAAAGUUCAUGUGGAUGCUGACAACAAGUUAGUGUGGCCGGUUCUGUUUAUGUAUCCCGAGCACACACAGACCGACUACAUCGAAGCCUUUAGGGAGGACGUCAGGUUCAUAGACCACAUAGAGAACAUGUUUGGACCACACCUUGAGCCAGCUCCCUGGGACACGGACAAAAAGUACAAACAAGACAGCAUUCAGGUAUAUUUUGAGGAUAAAGAAAAAGAGACACUCUACGCGGUCGACAGUAAUGCUACUUUACAUCAGGCCCUGUCCCAAAUUAUUAAUUUUCAAGGUGAAGGUUUUGAAAUUUUAAAACCAUUCCAAAUUAAAUGGUAG